GGGGUGAUAGCACUCAGGUCCACAAGGAAAUUUUCUUACCGGCAGCUCCUCUAACGUAGAAGGGAGAUCGGGCCAGAGAUCGCUGGGAAGCCAGUGACCAUGCCAACCUCCUCCACCCAGCUGCCAGCCCUUGACUCUAUCAACUCCACCCAGCAACCCAACUCCAGCACCUACUUGUUCUCCAAGUUCAUCCACCCUGACAACGAACUGUACACAGAAUUUUACAGCCUGUGGAUUGCCCUGAUGGUAGUCAAUGCCAUCAUUUUCCUGGUGGGUGUUGUGCUAAACAGCUUGGCGCUGUACGUCUUCUGCUUCCGUACCAAGACAAAAACCACCUCUGUUAUUUACACCAUCAACCUGAUUGUCACUGAUCUCUUGGUGGGCUUUUCCUUGCCUGUCCGGAUCAUCAUGUUCUACAGUGCAGGGGACUGCCUGAAUUGUUCCUUGGUUCAUAUCUUUGGCUACUUUGUCAACAUGUACUGCAGCAUCCUCUUCUUGACAUGCAUCUGCGUUGACCGUUAUCUGGCAAUCGUACAGGUGGAGGUCUCACGUAAAUGGAGGAACCCCACCUGUGCCAAGGGGAUCUGCGUCUUCAUUUGGAUCUUUGCCACUGUGGUGACUUUCUCCAUUCUGACCAUGGCAAUACAGUUUGCUGCAUGCUGUCUCUCAAAGAUUCUGGUCCUGAUGGUCUGUGAGUACUUCUUCCCCCUCAUCAUAAUCAUCUUCUUCACCACCAGGAUUAUGUGUGCUCUGUCCAAGCCCAGCCUCAUGCACCAGAGUCGGGAGAGGAGAAUGAGGGCUGUGCAACUCCUCAUCACCGUCCUCAUCAUCUUCAUGAUCUGCUUCACUCCUUUUCACGUGCGACAGGUAGCAAUCUCUGUCAACCCAGACAUGCCCCAUGAUGUCAGCCUCCUCGUCUACCAUGUGACAGUGACUCUGAGUAGCCUCAACAGCUGCAUGGACCCCAUUGUCUACUGCUUUGUCACCAAUAACUUCCAGUCAACCAUGAAAAACAUCUUCAGGAAAACCGAGCCAGAGCAAACCAAUGUGGACAUCCUGGGUAUGAACAAGAACUCCAAGGGCUCCAAUGCAAUCACUGCCUUCUCAAACACAAUAGGAAGCCCUGUGAGCUUGCCAUCACCAAGCAGUGUCCAGAUAUAA